AUGGACUUCCGAAACUGCCUGUCGAGUGAGGACUACAUGUUCGAAAUAAAAAACAAUGAGCAGCUGUUCGAUGGGGGGAGAGCGGUGAGCAAUAUCAAGCCGAUAUGGAGCUUCAAAGGGCACGACAACUCCAUUGAGGGGAUCCACCUCGUGGGGGAGAAGGAGUUCGCAACGAUUUCGCACGACUGUGUGGUUUCUGUGUGGUCUUUGGAGGGGGAAGAAGGGGGAGCAGCGAAGGGGUUGGAGGCGAAGGGGGUAGAGGCGAAAGGUGCGACAAACAUGGUUGACGCAAACGGUGCAACGCACCCGGUGGGGGCAAACCGCGCGACGAACGUGAAGAACAUUCAGCUGGGCAACCCCAUACUGUGCUCCAGCUACCACGAGAAGAAGGGGUACCUCUGCGCAGGAAUGACAAACAGGGAUCACAACAUUUGCAUAAUCGACAUGGGCGAAAAGAAGGUUAAAGAAAUUUUAGCUAGCCAGUGUAACUCCAUUUUCUGCAUGAACUAUUUUGAUGACAGCAAAAUGACAUAUGGGAGCAAAGAAGGAUCCAUUUGUCUACUAGAUUUUAAUAAAAAAAAAAAUAUCUACAGGUAUGAAGAGAUAGGGGAUUCUUUAAACUACUGCACUUGUAAUGAGGAGCACAAGAUGCACAUUUUCAGCUCCUACAAGGGGAACAUGCUAUUCUUCGAUUUUAGGCAACCAUUGCCUAUUCAUAAAAAUGGGGAGUUACACUCCAAGUACUCCAUUAAUACGGUCCUUUCAGAUGGGAGCUUCUUAUUCUCGGGGGCAUCAGAUUGUUUAGUAAAAAAAUUUGAUUUACGUUUUCUGGAUGAGAGGAAGCCACUCGAAAUAUACGUCGGGCAUACUUCCCCUGUUCGUUUUUUAUCUUUCUCGAGGAGGUAUGAUAACCUCUUCUGCUCUUCAUCAGAUAAUGGCAGCAUCAAACUUUGGCAGACGGAAAAGCACGUGGAUGGAAUGAACAGGUCAGGCACGUCCAUAGCGUGUCCUGUUUCUAUCCCUGGUGAGAGCCCACCUUGUGCCUUUCUCCCUCCCCUUCCUGGAGACUUAACCACCAAAACGGCCACGGGAAGGAACAAAAAUGGAGGGAAGAACUUCCUCCUUUUGAACAAAAAAACGGUUAGAAGUAAUAGAUCCACUUCUAUCGUAUCUGAGUGUAACUAUAGAAAAACGCCUGACUUGUUAAGGCAAGAAAAUAGCAAUAGGAAUUAUGACAAAGGGGGGAAAAUGGGAAAAGUUAGCACACUCGACGCGUAUAGGAAAAGGACGUUAACUCCAAAUGUGCAGAGCACCCACGAUAAGAGAGUUCAAGUCAUGUCUAGGAAUGAGUUAUUCAACACUAUUAAAACGAAGGGAGUCAAUAGUAGGAAGGAGAUCCCUCCUAAUCUAACGAGUAAAGCUCAUUUGGGGAGCUCCGGGGAGGGACCCACUCAGGGAGAAAUCAAAGGGGUGAGAACCUCCAGCAGGUUAAAACUACCACUAACAUCACAGCAUUGUGCGGCCACCUCUAAGCAUAGUGCCAGUGGUAGGAACUUCAAGGGGAAAAGCAAAAUUAGCAUAAGCGUAUCCAACGACUCCACCAAAGGGGGGGGCAGCCACUUAGGGUUGAAAGCAGAGCAGUUUGAUCUGCCCUUCCUUCUUUUUAAUGAAAGCGAUUUGGCUAGCAGCCAGGCGAAGAAGAUUAAGAUAAGGCACUCCACGCUCUCCAUGUUGAACCAUAGGAGUCGCGUUUCCGCGAUGGUGUGGGUGGGCGACUUGGUCCUGUCUGCCUCGUGGGACCAGACGGUGAAGUGUUGGGACCUCCGCGGGCCCGCCGCGGAGUGGCGGUAG